AUGCUGUGUAGAAUGGUAGUGCCCAAGAAGAAGAAGACCGGCAAAGUGCCGGUGUAUCUCAAUGUCUACGAUCUCACACCAAUCAAUGGCUACGCCUAUUGGCUUGGCCUCGGCGUCUACCAUUCCGGCGUGCAAGUACAUGGGGUUGAAUAUGCUUUUGGGGCGCAUGACCAUGCCUCAACUGGGAUCUUUGAAGUCGAACCAAAGAAAUGCCCUGGUUUUGUAUUCCGAAAAUCCAUUUUGAUUGGAAGAACAGAUUUAGGUCCCAAAGAGGUCCGUGCAUUCAUGGAGAAACUUGCAGAAGACUACUCUGGCAACACAUACCAUCUAAUCACCAAGAACUGCAACCACUUCUGUAAUGAUGUGUGUCUCAAAUUGACAGAGAGGACUAUUCCUCGAUGGGUUAACCGUCUCGCUCGACUUGGUUUGUUCUGCAAUUGUGUUCUUCCGGCUGGCCUAAACGAAACUAAGGUUCGGCAAGUAAGAUCAGAUGGGGGGAUAUAUGGAGACAAGAAGAAAUUAAGAAGUCAUUCAAGUAACAGCGCACCGGGGUCUGGAAGCAGAAGUUCUUCUAGACAAAGACAUUGUCUUCCUCCAUCUUCAUCUUUGAUCCAUUCUACUUCAACCCCAGCAUUGACUGUAAAGCUUUGACACAUGUUUAUUUGAUUUGGAGGGCUGUUGUAGAGUUUUAAAAUUUCAUAUGAACAACAGAUAGGGUAAUUGCAAAGUUUAAUUCUGCCCAUCUAGUUAUCUCAGCUGCUUGAAAAUGGUGUGUGUAUUAGUUGUGUGUAAAAUGCUUUCUGGGGUGAAUCAAGGUCUGGGAUUUUCAAUUU